ACAAAACUCUCUAUCUCUCCCCCUCCCUCUUUAUGCUGUGCUUGUUUAACGUUCCUAUAUUUUGUUUUUUUGCUUUCCUAGAUGAUGGAGGAAAUAUUUCUUCAUCUUUCGGGGCCACAUUCAGCUCUUCCAGCUAUGGUUCAAAUACUUGCAGACUUCGCUUCUUUUGAUGCUUUGCAGUUCACACCUCAACUUAAAGGCGUACUUUCACGAGUUCUUCCCAUCCUUGGAAAUGUGAGGGAUGUCCACCGGCCAAUUUUUGCAAAUGCAUUCAAGUGUUGGUGUCAGGCCUGUUGGCAAUACGAUGUGGAUUUCCCUCUGUUUUCACUUCUUGAUGGUGAUGUCAUAUCUUUCUUGAAUUCUGCCUUCGAGCUUUUAUUGAGAGUUUGGGCCACGUCACGGGAUCUUAAGGUUCGCACAUCUACCAUUGAAGCAUUGGGUCAGAUGGUUGGUCUUAUACCCCGAAUACAGCUGAAGGCAGCUUUGCCAAGGCUUGUGCCUACUAUAUUGGACCUGUAUAAGAAAGACCAAGAUGUUGUCUUUUUGGCCACAUGUAGCCUCCACAAUCUCUUAAAUGCCUCGUUACUUUCGGAAAGUGGUCCUCCUCUGCUUGAUUUUGAGGACCUCACACUUAUUUUAUCAAUACUUCUUCCUGUGGUUUGCAUUAAUAACAACAGCAAAGAUUGUGCAGACUUUUCAUUGGGACUGAAGACCUAUAAUGAAGUCCAGCAUUGCUUUCUGACAGUUGGUGUCGUGUACCCUGAGGAUUUAUUUGUUUUCCUGCUGAAUAAAUGCAGGUUGAAAGAACAACCUUUGACUUUCGGUGCACUGUGUGUCUUUAAGCAUCUGUUGCCGAGGUUAUUGGAAGCUUGGCACAGUAAAAGGCCUUCACUGGUUGAAGCGGUGACGGUUUUACUAGAGGAGAGAAGUCUGGGGGUUCGUAAAGUACUUUCGGAGUUAAUUGUGGUUAUGGCUUCGCACUGCUACCUGAUUGGUCCUUCGGGGGAGUUGUUUGUUGAGUAUCUUGUGUGCAACUGUGCAUUAAAAGAUCAAGGGAGGGAUGAUUUUGAAAGCUCUAAGGAAUUCUCUAAGUCAAGCGGAACUUAUUAUCCUUUCCAAAACAAGAGAUUGGAGGUGAAGAUUGAGGCGGUUUGUUCAACAGAGUUACGCACAAUAUGUGAAAAAGGUCUUCUUUUGAUAACUAUCACCAUUCCUGAAAUGGAGCAUGUUCUCUGGCCAUUUUUGCUGAAGAUGAUCAUACCACGGGAUUACACUGAUGCGGUUGCCACGGUUUGCAAAUGCAUCUCAGAAUUGUGCAGACGUAGAUCUUCUCAUAGUGAUGUGAUGCUUUCUGAAUGUAAAGAUCGGACCGAUAUUCCACAUCCUCAGGAACUUUUUGCCCGCCUGCUAGUCCUUUUGCACAAUCCUCUAGCUAGGGAGCUGCUGGCGACUCAGAUUUUGACAGUAAGGGGGUUUCUUAUCUUUACCUAA